AUGUCAUAUUUUUUACGAGAAAUCGACGGUGACCGGGUGUGUUGCACAAGUACACAACUCGGCACAAGUAUACCAGAAGACCGAAAAAGUGCACGACGGCUGAGAAAACUUUUGUAUAAAUGUGCAGAGAACACGUGCAAGACAGAUAUUCUGAAGGUUCCGGCAUACUGUGGGAAGACUGAUGCAGACGAAGACAAAUCUCCAGUGGAUCCUCAACAACAAAUAAAUUUUCAUGACAUACUAAACUCGAAAUUUGUGGUUGGACCGCCGUCUCCAUUUGCGUUGGUUGCGAUUGCAAAAUCUAUACUUGCGAGAUUUGGAAAUCCAGAAGAAAAUACAGAAAAAGAAGAUCGGGGAGAUGAAGAAGCUGGAACGAGUGGUGCUGAUGAAGAAGGAAAGCACUAUAGAAAUACUGAUCAACUGGUCGGUGCUAGCCUAACUUGCAUCUUCGAAGUUCUCGAACAACUGAGUCGAAGAGAUGCUGAACUCUGUGUCCAGGCCCUUGAAUCUCUCUUAUCUCUGAUUCAAUCAAUGCCAAUAGAAUGCCUUCAAUCUGAAAAUCGUCUCUCGAUGUCUGCAAUGAUCACAGUACUAAAGAAUCUUCGGGAAGACGGAUGCCCAUCUGUCAGUUCAAAAGCCACAUCAUGUCUAGUGGCUCUGUCAGUUGCAUGUGGAGAGCCGGAGCAUUUGACCAGCACUAUUCGAUCAUUGUUUUGCAUGAAGAAAAACAUUCGGAUGAGCGCUGAUUCCACGUAUGAUAUGAUACAAAUGCCUGAGAAUUUAAGAAGAUUGUUGUUGAAAGUGAGAAGGAAAGCGCUUGGAGGAGAUAAUUCUUCGAAUUCUCCACCCAACUGGUCCAUGAUGGAUGUUCACCAACAUUCAGUUGCAAGCAGCUUCAGUCUCCCAUCCCUCCCAGAUAGUUCUCCAUCUUCUGAUACUCCAGAUGACGACAACCGGAAUCACAGCUCGACAGCUUGCGAUGGGACAUUUCUCUAUAUUCUCAACUAUGUCGGUCUAUACAAGUUAGGGACUGGACUGAACGAGACGAUAGCUGGGAAGUUGUAUGCUGCUAAUCAAGGAUUGAAAUCAUCAAAAAAUGUGCAAAUGUAUUUAUGCAAUGGAUCUCUAUAUCUUCGAAGAAAUUAUUCAUCAUGCAUAUCUGUGAUUGAUACUGAUUCUUUGCUAGAUAUCGGAGAAGUGAUAUUGCCACCCACAUGUGUUCAACAUGCUCUAUUCACGGAUGGAACCUAUUUCUACAGUGCAACUUUGAUUGCAAAUUCUACAUUAUCUACAAUUCAACUCAACGACUCUUUCUCCCCUUCAAAUGAACCGUCUUCUAGACGAAGCCACCGAUUGACAGACGUCAAGUUCAAAUCUCACGGAGAUGUCCAGAGUCCUCAUCAGCUUCCAGAAUAUCUUCCUGCUAAUCUUCAUCCUCAAACUGUUGAUCUUCAUAUUACACGAGAACUUGCAUUCAUCCAAGCCCGAUCCGGCAAAGUGUAUUAUGCUGGAAAUGGAACUCGAUUCGGAUUAUUUGAAACUGGAAACAACUGGAUGGAACUGUGUCUUCCUGAACCAAUAGUUCAAAUAUCUGUGGGAAUGGAUACGAUAAUGUUUCGAUCCGGUGCAGGUCAUGGAUGGAUUGCAAGCGUCGAUGAUAAAAAGCGAAACGGAAGGUUGAGAAGAUUGAUACCUUCGAAUCGACGGAAGAUUGUACAUAUUUGUGCUUCUGGCCACGUAUAUGGAUAUGUUACUGAAAAUGGAAAAGUCUUUAUGGGAGGUCUCCACGCAAUGAGAGUCAAUGUAUCAAACUCCAUGCUCUGCGGACUGGACAGUGUCGUUGUCUCUUCGUUGGCUCUUGGAAAAUCUCAUGGUGUUGCAGUGUCUCGUAAUGGACAUCUUUUCACUUGGGGAAUGAACAACAUGAAUCAAUGCGGAAGAACUGAAUCUGCCUCCGUUACAUCAUCUCCUCGGCACACGGUUCGGCAGGAAUAUCAAAUUUGCCCGAUUGGGGAUCACACUUGGCUCAAUGAUACACCCACUGUCUGUUCGCAAUGUGGUCUUUGCUCAGCAAGAGGUAAAGCUUGUGGAAGAGUACCGCGAAUGAAGGGAACCAUGUGUCAUUGUGGAGUUGGAGAGUCGGCAUGUCUUCGUUGUGGACUUUGUAGACCAUGUGGAGAGAUAACAGAACCACCGCAACCUGGAAGGGCUCAACAUGUGCAGUUCAGUUCAACAGCUGUUCAACAAAGAAGUACAUUGCAUCCAGCACGUCUGAUUCUGAGUAAAGGUCCUCAUGAUGUGAAAGUCUCAAGUGUUAGCUGUGGUAACUUCCAUACUGUACUACUUGCGUCAGAUCGUAGGGUUUUCACAUUUGGAUCCAAUUGUCAUGGCCAGCUGGGAGUUGGAGACACAUUAAGCAAGAACACACCACAACAAGUUGUCCUACCAUCCGACGUGCUAAUAGUGCAGGUUGCUGCUGGAGCCAAUCAUACAGUUCUACGAGCCAAUGAUGGAAGCGUCUACACAUUUGGUGCAUUUGGAAAAGGACAACUUGCGAGGCCAGCAGGAGAGAAAGCAGGAUGGAAUGCAACACCGGAGAAAAUUCCUGGAUAUGGACAGGGCUCGAAUGAUUCUUUUGCCGGAUGGAUUGGAGCCGAUGGUGAUUCUACCAUCAUUCACAGUCAUACGCCUCUUUUAUCUCAAGACAAUAUUCUUAAGGCUCAAAUCGUGGCAAACAAAACAAAUAUUUUCAUUUUUCCAAGACAAGUCGGCAAGGAUUACAUUGUGAUUCGUAGAAAGCUGAAUCUCUUUGAACAUCAUCCAAGUGACUACAACUGUUCAUUGAUAUCCUGGGCAACUGAUCCGAAGUAUGACAUGUUAUGGUACUACAGCUCUGCUGUAAUGGAGAUCAAGGGAUACGAUAUCUUCAAGAAAACUGAUAAACAAGUGGAAGACGCCUUCGAUUCGUUGACUUAUCUUGCUGGAGCCGAAUUCGCAGUUCAAGUGUAUGAUAGUCCUGCAUAUGCGACAUCGAUGACUCUCGGAAUGCAACUUUUAUCAGCCACUUAUUCUGCAAAUGUGCUCAAUCUUUCAGAUUUUUGGAAAGAGAAAAAUGGAGAUAAAGAUCAAGAUCAAGAAAGAACAGCAAUGGACGGAUACUCAGUUGCAAAUCGUUUUGAAGGUACUGGAGGUGGUUGGGGAUACUCUGCUCAUUCAGUUGAAGCUAUCCAAUUCAAAGUCUCUAAAGAAAUUCGUCUAGUGGGUGUUGGCCUGUAUGGUGGUCGUGGAGAGUACAUUUCCAAACUGAAAUUAUAUCGACAAAUUGGAAAUGAUGCUGACGAACUAUACGUGGAACAAAUCACAGAAACUGAUGAGACAAUGUACGAUUGUGGCGCUCAUGAGACUGCAACUCUACUUUUCUCUCAACCGAUUGUCAUCCAGCCCAACCAUUGGCACGUUGUCAGUGCAAAAAUCAGCGGACCGUCUUCUGAUUGUGGAGCUGGAGGGAAGCAUCUUGUGGAAUGUGAUGGAGUCUCAUUUCAGUUCCGGAAUUCGGUGGUAUCUAAUAAUGGAACUGAUGUUAAUGUUGGUCAGAUUCCUGAACUGUACUAUCAAGUUGUCGGUGGAACGGAAACGCGAGAGGAAGCAGAUAACAACAAACAACUUUCUAUCAGUCGAGAAAUGUCAAAUCUCUUCUCUCCUAUGGCUCUAAAAAACGUGACAGCAGAAGGGAUUGGAAAUCUACUGCAGCUUUUGGAGUGGUCAUUCCAACGAGUUCAAGUGGAAAAUCAAGGAGAAGAUAGUGCAGAAAAACAAUGGUCUCAAGAGAGAGCAGGAUUUGUAGCUCUUUUGUCGAUGAGACUUAUUUCAAGAUUUGUGAAAACAGUGUACAAAGAGAAGGGACAUCAAGAGGAACCUGGAAUUGAUUUUGCGAAUAAAAUUGUCAAUCUUCAUUCGAUGCUUCUCGAGUUUUUCUUCUCGACUGAUAUGACUGAUUACAUCAAUCGACCGUUGAUUAAGAAAGAGGAAAAGAUUGUGGAAGAAGGAUAUACUUUGAUGCAGUGUAUUUCAGAAGCUAUCAGGUUAUUUACAUCUUUGUCUCACUGUUUCAUGGGAUCUCGGAACCUUGUCAACGCACAUCUUCUGGCUGUGAUGAAUAAGGGUAGUCUCGAUCAUAAUACCCUUAUUCUGACAUCUGCUGUUAUUGGAAGUUUGUCAAAGAUUGAUCGGUUUGCUCAUCAACUUCUGAGCUCUAACUAUAACAAUGAUCGGUUUCCAAUGCUUUCAUCACUACUUCUGAAACACUUCAAUUGUGAAAAAGACACUCUCGCCACAUUGACUUCGUUCCCAAACAUUCUCCGAUUCCUAUACGACCAGACUUUCAUGAGAAAUGCUUUUGAAAACACAUCUCUACUCGCUGAAAAGAUUCUUGUCAAAGUGUCUAAAGAACUUGCAAUUCCUCCGGAGGACAUGAUGUUAGGACCAGUUGUGCACCAGACUCCAGCGAGGUUCCGGAAAAGAAGUACUGCUCCGACGUGGGAUAUGUCGGAUGGAUGCUCAGAUGCAGUUGCUUUUCGAGUGGAUUCCGAAGGUGUAAAACUUCAUGGAUUUGGAAUAUAUCUACCACUGGAACCAGACAGAAGAAACUUCAUCGGUGAAAUUCUGAUGCUGGCGCCAGAUUCAUCGGAAAAGUGGACAUGUCUUCUACGUGUCUCUGCGGAAAUGUCGGCAGAUGAGAAAGAAGUUGGGAUAAUUCGAUUCCCUGAGAACGUGCUUCUCUCCCCUGGAGUCACGUACGCAGUCAAAGUCAAUAUGAUAAAGAAUGCAAAAACCUUCUGCGGAGAAGGGGGAGUCCCUCAAGUGCAACUUCUCAAUGGAGGACGUCUACUUUUCUCUGGUUGCUCGAUGAGUCAAAAUGGUACAACAGUACAGAGAGGUCAACUGCCUUUCUUAAUGUAUUCGGUAGUAGAUGAAUCAAGCACGAUCCCAGUCAAACAGGAAACAAUAAAUGAUACAUUCAUUUUGCUUUUACGAUUGAUGGCUAACAAGAUAGGAGCAGCAAUUACGGAUGGUGGAGCACUCCCUGCGUGUUGUCAGCAUUUGAUGUCUCACAUCAGUCCUCAUGUCAUGGUUUUCAUGGAGAGGUUUCCGGAUAAAGCACUUGAAUUGAUGUCGACAAUGGAACAGUUGAUUCCGAUGGUUUCUAAUUUGAACGGUGUGGAAAGAGUCUUCCACUCCUACGAUUCCGAAGACAGUGGCUGUGAAGCUCCGUAUUCUGGAAUUGUAACGUCUGUCGUUGAAAGCCAACAUCCCUACAAACCCAACACGUCUAGCUCAAUGGUUGUCAAUUUCGAGGAAGCUGACUACGUUUGCGUUCGAUUCUCUCCUGACUGUCAAACUGCUCAAUUUGAUGAUCAACUGACUAUCUAUCUUAAAAUUGACGAACAUUCAUAUAUGCCUGUGGAACGAUGCUAUGGUAAUGAGUGGCCUCACUAUCCUAUGAUUCUUCCUGGAAACUGUCUACUGUUUGUUCUGGAUGCUUCGUCAGCUGUGGAAGGUGCAACAUCAGAUCAAAUGUUCGGUUACCAUGUUACGGUAACUGGUUACCUGGUUGGCUACAGUGACACCACGAUGCGAUUAGAACAAGAUCUAGUUUGGUUAUCAGCAAAUGCAUGUAGAAUCAUGACUCAACUGCCAAUCAACCCGAGCAAUAUCGAACAUUUGAGUACAGCCGAAGAUGAUACACGACACUUAUUCGAGAAACAUGGUAGUCUUCUGAAGAAGGGUUUGAGUCUUAGUCACUCACCAACUCUCAGCGAACUCUGCACAAAAGGACAACCUCCACCAGCACAAUCUGCAGAUCUUCAGUUUCUUCGAGAGUUUCUAUCCGGUCACAUAUCGUCAUCUGCUGGUUUCUUAGCAAGGUGGUUGCCAACGGGACCUGUUGUGGAUGCUUCAAAAUGUCAACUAUCUUUAUCUCAUGAUGAAUUAAUUGUUGGAAAAGCAGUCAUUUUGAAACUAUCCUGUAGAGAUCAAUACGACCGGGAAGUGGAUUGUCCAAAACUGCAAGUCGAAGCAAACGCCUCACUGGGUCACAGGAAUCCUCAAUCAACUAUCACUAACAAUCUACAUAUUGGCAACCUACCAUCGUCACUGUUAAUCCAUCAGAAUCCAUUUCAACCAAUCAUUGUGAACCAUACGAGAUACAUGAACAUUGCCGCAAUGCCUGCCUACUCCAACUAUUCUGUGGAAGAAAUUCGAUUAGGAUUUAUGAUAGAAGAGUUGAUAAAAGAUCGAAUCCCCCUCAAGUCUUCUGAUUCUUCCGUUUUCUCUGGAUCCUGGACACCCACCACUGCUGGAAGAUAUAGAAUAGAGUGUAAGGUGGAUGGAUUCGACAUAUCGCAUACGUACACCGUGGAAGUUUCUGAAAGAGUUAAUGGAAAAGGAGAAGAAGUCAAGUCGUCUGGGAAACGCCAUGGAGCACAGAUGACAGUUGCGAGAACCGUUUCGAUUCCAUUCUCCGGCGACUUCUCUGGAAUUCGAAUGCGACUUGGUACUUCCCUGGCGUCAGCUUCUGUCGGGGUGGUUCCUCGUGGGGCAUUGGUUGAGUUUAUUGAAGAAAUGGAGAACGAAGAUGGAAAAUGGAUAAGACUCACGGAUGAGACCGCUCUGUUAUACGGAUGUAAUAUUGGAAUAGGUCAAGUAUGGUGCUUGGCUUAUCACAAAGCACUCCAAAGAGAAUUAAUUCCGCUCAAAACGGAUACAGAUCGAGAAAAAAUUGUGAGGAUGAGAAGGAAAGAAAUUGAGAAAGAAUCCAGUGGAAGUAAACAUCAUAGUGUUUCGAUUGAUGCGAAGGAGACCUAUAACUUAACACCGAAUGACAUUCUUCAAGUUUAUUCUGCUCCCGCUCCUCAUUCAAUGAUUGACGGAGAAAAGAUUUAUGGGCCAUGUGAUUUGGUUAGUAGUGGAUGGAUAAAGAAUAGACACGGUCACUGGAUUAAACUAUCUGGAGUUGAAAAAUAUGUUCUACAUAACAAUGAUCCCUCCUCGGAAACAUCAUUAACUUUUUCAACAAACGGGAAUGAUGAAGUCGAUUUGGCGAGACCAGUGGAACGAAGAAGAACGAGACUUCCAAACGCAUUGACGCCUUCUGUUGCUGAUUGCAUUAGAGCAGUUUUCGCAGCAUUUGUCUGGCAUGAGCACUUGGUGAAGGACUUGAUGGCGGCAGCAGCGUAUUUGAGAUUCCACCAAAAUUUGCAUAAUAUCUGGCAAUCGUGCGAACUUCCAUCAUGUACCAAUGCACCAGCAGCUCUUCAACCCAUUGUUAAAAUUUGGAGAGAAAUUUGUGAAGUUGUAGAAACUAGCGUUGAGCAACAUUUGAUAAUGCCCCCGGUUUCCAACAAAGCUAUGCACAGCGACUCUGUUAAACCUGCAUCCUUAAACGGUGGAUGCGAACUCUGUGAUGCACACAUAACUGUUCCUUUGACAGUUCAUCUUCGAAUGGCGCAUCCUGGAUGUGGUGGAGAUUGUCUUGGUUACGGAUAUAAUUCAAGUGGAAAGUUUACAACUGGUUGGUCUGGUGAAUGUGGAGCUGGGGGAAGAGGACAGGCACCAUGGUACCUUCUUUGCAACAAUUGCCGAUCUCAAUACUUGAAAAAGACCCCAGCAGGACAUCAUCAAGAGAGGACUAGAAGAUGGAGAGAAUUUCGGUUUUCUACAUCGGCAUCAGAUGCAAGACCUGAAGUUAUAAUUCGACAAAAUGCAUUGUUCCUGUUAGAUUUGAAUAGCAGACUGCAGACUGAAUCAAAUAACUCGUCUGCUGCGACAUCUGGUUGGACUAUCAAUCUCUUUCCCACUCAUCUGAGCACACCAUCCACUAUGCCACGGAGUCAACAAAAACGUCUAGAUGUCCCACAAACUCAUUCUCUUCACCAGAAUUCUUAUAUGAAACUCGGAUAUUCUUCCGAUCCGGGACCAAAAGUGAAUGUAAUUAUGUCACCUCCAGAACAGUUCCAAGACCAAGCAACAUCUCUAAACCAUCGUCCAGGUCCAUUAAAUGUUGCUGAGCCAGCUGAAGUUCUUCAAUCCCCAUCUGCUGCCCUUCGGACAUUGUUCUCCAACACCAAUCCAUCAACCUCGGCACUUCUGAAACGACCAGUUCUAGCGUUUUGUGUGGAACAUCAUGACUUGAAACGUAUUCGAGCAGCAUGCGUUCAGUCCGUGAGACGUGCUGUCGCAUUCGCUCACGCAUUUCGUGUCUGGAACUGGCUUCUCAGAAUGGUAUCAUCAGAAUAUAGUGUAUCGGAUAUCAUUCUGCAGUAUCUCACAACUUUAACAUCAUAUAAUCGACUGGCAGAAUACAUGUUUUCCGCAAAGAAGAACACCAAUAUCUUGCCUCAUCCGUGGAGACUUUGCUUCCUGGCAGGACCGAUUGCAGCUGAUAUGGUCACUCAACUCCAUGCAUUCUUGCACACUGUCUCAAUCAUUCUGCAGUCAGCUGGGGUUGAUGGGAGACUGAAAUCUUUGUGUUUCAAGUCAUGGACACUACAAUUGACUGCGCAAGAGCAAGACUUAUUAAUUUUGACGUGUAAUAUUCUGGGAACAGUUGGAGGAAUUCUAUCGGAUACUUCAAUAAUGGACGUCGAUAAUCGAUUUGUGAAAGAGAUGAUAGAUAUUACGAAGUUUGCUGAAAUUAGUGCCAGCAGUCGACAAGCAAUGGUGAUUUGUUUGACAGAUGGAAGUGGAGAAACAUUUUGGGAAAGUGGAGACGAGGAUAAAAACCGUUCUCGUUCCUUAGCUGUUCAACUCGAAGAAAGUGCUCGUGGAGAGAUACUUUCUCUGUAUAUUGAUAACGCAAGAGAUGAGGGGUACCGAAUAGCUGCUGUUUCUUUCAAAGCAAUUCUAGAAGACGGAAGACGAAAAGAUCUAACAAUUAUCAGUUUGGAACACACUCACUGUGGUUGGGUGAAAUGUUGCAUAAAAGGCAUCCAUCACAUUCAAAUACAAUUCAAAGGACCCAACCAAGCGUCUCGCGUACGACAACUCAUGAUUCUUGGCUACCCUGCUAAGAGUUGCGGAUCCCCAAGAAUGGUUCCAUCUACCUCUCAUCAUUUAUUCUUUAAUGACACUCAACGAGAUGCAUUUGCACUUUUCCAAGCAAUAUCUUCUCAAGCAUUUUGUGGAGAAUUAUCGGAGGAUGAUACUCUGAGAGAACGUGUAAUAGAUUUAUUGUUCAGUAGAGUUCAACUUUAUCCACUUCAAAACUACGUGUACAACCAAGUGGUUCAAGCAAUGGAAAAAGAAGUCGAAUUACUUUGUGACAAGUCAAAAAGAAACUAUUCAUAUUGCUGUGGUUUAAUGAGCCUGCUGGUCAGAAUUUGUGAUUCAAGAGGAAAUAUGGAUAGUUUCGGACAGCGAAAUUCAGUAUUGACAUCUAUCACUCAAUUGCUGAUAUUCUCUCCGGUUGUUGUUCAAAGACAAUGUCUGAACUCAUUGGAAUGUAUUUUUGCUUCGUUUUCACCUACUAACGUGGAAGUUCCAAAAAUCAUCAAAUAUCUUUUGGUUGUCGUUGGAAAAGUUAUUCAACUGCAAGUCAGAGACAAAGCUGCGCACACAGUCGUGACUGUUCAUUUAUGUUCUUCCGUUUUGAAUGCUCCGCAAAGCUGGCGAGUUGACAAAUCAAUCGAUAUGGAUAUUGGGAGACAAACAGCACUUCUUGUUGAAAACCUCUGCAGCGGAACGUACACUCCAGAGUGGUCCGUCGCCACUAGAUGUGAACUUGCCAAUUGUCUCCUCAGUCUCAUCCAAAUGCCGGAAUCUGUUUCUUACACUGAAACUCUGUCCUCUGGAGGAAAAAGCAAGGCAGUAGCUGUUGUUGGGUCGAAACGGUUCUGGACUGCAAUCUCAUCUCUAGCUUUGAUCAAGAACAAGUCAUGGCUUGAGCUAUCAGAACGAUGGAAAUCAGUUCAAGAUCAAGAAGAUGAAGAACCCGUCUCUUUGUGUGAAAAUCAUGAUGACGGACAUACUGUAGCUCAAGUUUUCUGUGUGGAUUGUGACGUGGCACUUUGUAAAGAAUGCUUCACCGUAAUGCAUCUACACAAGAAAAAUAGAAAUCACGGAGUGAAAAAUUUGGUUCAAUCAAGCGCACAACACGAUAUCAAUAUCCAUCAAGGGUGUGCCAGAAUGAAAUUUUUGAACUUUUUGAUUUUGUUUCACGGCGAAGCUUUGAACGGAAUGGUAGAAGUUGCCGCUGAUACUUUAUUUCCAUCUUCAACGUCUUCAAUUCAACCAGCUAUGCAAGACUCUGCAGCUUUCCUUGGUGUCCAUCCAAUGACGUGUCGUUUCUGUGGGAAUCACGUCCCCAUCGAAGAGCAGAAUCUGGACGGAACAUGUACCCAUGAUGACUGCGUGAACUACGCUAAAACUGCUUGCCAAGUCAUGCACACCUGCAAUCAUUUCUGCGGAGGAAUCAGGAAUGAAGAAGAUUGCCUUCCGUGUAUUACAUGUAAGAAAUCAGAAACCACACAAGACGGAGACGAUGUUUGUGUCAUUUGCUUCACUGAACGACUUGGAGCAGCACCGUGUAUCAAACUAGGAUGCGGUCACAUUUUCCACUAUCAUUGUGUUAGGUUGAUUCUGGAGAAGAGAUGGAAUGGCCCCAGAAUUGUUUUUCGAUUUAUGCAUUGUCCACUGUGUAUUCAAAUAAUUGAGCACAGUGGUCUUGAAGACUUGAUCAAACCUUUGAAAGCAAUCAGACAUGAAGUGGUAGACAAGGCAAAAAUGCGAUUGGAAUACGACGGUCUACUGAACACACAAGCUCUCACAGAUCCAAGAAGCGAAUUUUACAAUCAACCAGAAGAGUAUGCCCUCGACAGGUACAUGUAUGUGCUUUGUCAUAAAUGCAAGAAGGCUUACUUCGGAGGAGAGAGUCGGUGUCAAGCAGCAUUGGAGAAUUCACAAUUCAAUCCAGAAGAACUUUUAUGUGGUGGCUGUUCGGAUACAAGUGGAGGUCAAAUUUGUCCGAGACAUGGGGCUGAGUUCUUGGAAUACAAGUGUCGAUUCUGUUGUUCGAUUGCAGUUUAUUUCUGUUUUGGCACCACUCAUUUUUGUGCGCCGUGUCACGACGAAUUCCAACGUCUGAUGUCUCUCCCGAAAAAUCAACUUCCUGCGUGUCCAGUGGGUCCUCGAUCAACUCCAAUGGAAGAUCAAACGUGUCCUCUGAAAAUGAAACAUCCUCCGACUGGUGAAGAAUUCGCAAUGGGUUGUGGAAUAUGUAGAAAUAUUAGUACUUUUUAA